AGCCGCGAAACGGCGGCGGAACGACUUCGUCGCCUGCACCCAGAGAUUGAAGAUGUAUGGUCGACGCUCAAGCCCAGUAUGGACCUGAGCCAGCUCAAGCGCAUUCGGUCGCCACCCAAGCUUGCCGUUACCCUACUCCCCUUCCAGAUUGAGGGUGUGUCUUGGAUGAUUCAGCAGGAAGAGUCGGAAUUCCAAGGAGGAGUGCUGGCCGAUGAGAUGGGUUUGGGAAAGACAGUCCAAACCAUCGCACUCAUCCUAUCUCGACCGUCAACCAAGCCCAAUCGCCCGACCAUGGUGAUCUGUCCCACCGUGGCGCUGAUGCAGUGGCGCAACGAAGUGCGCAGCAAGACGGUUGAAGGGGCACUGUCAUGCUUUGUCUACCACGGCGACAAUCGCAUUCGUGAUCUGGAGCAGUUGUCCUCUUUCGAUAUUAUCCUCACCACGUAUGCGACUGUUGAGUCAGGAUUUCGACGCAUGAAAUCAGGCUUUCAGCGCAAGGGUCAAAAGAUGUAUGAAGACUCAGUUCUACACGCGCUGCACCUUCACCGUUUGGUGCUGGACGAAGCACAUUACAUCAAGGACCGCUUCAGCAACACGGCCCGAGCCGUCUGGGACCUUAAAGCCGACUACAAGUGGAGUCUGUCCGGCACACCGCUACAGAAUCGUGUCGGCGAGCUCUACAGCCUGGUCAAGCUUCUCCGGGCCGAUCCCUACUCACACUACUUUUGCCGCCAGUGCCCUUGCAAAAGCCUCAAGUGGAGCUUUGAGAGACGCCAGUGCACCGAGUGCGGCCAUCGCAGCAUGAGUCAUUUUUGCUGGUGGAAUCGCGAAAUUUUGCGGCCCAUCCAAAAGCACGGCCCUCAUGGCGAAGGCAAGCUUGCCUUUGACCGCCUGCGCAAGCUGCUCAGUGCCAUGAUGCUGCGCCGUACCAAGCACGAGCGUGGCAACGAGCUGGGUCUGCCCCCUCGCAUCGUGCACACGCGCCGUGAUCUUUUCAGCCACGAGGAAGAAGACUUUUACGAGGCUCUGUACUCGCAAUCCAAGACCCGAUUUCAGAAUUUCGUGCAAGAAGGCACGGUUCUCAACAACUAUGCCCACAUUUUUGAGCUGCUCAUGCGUAUGCGGCAGUCAGUCAAUCACCCCUGGCUCGUGACCCAUCGCUCCGACAGCAAAAAGGAUAAGGACACGUGUGGCAUUUGCUACGAAAUGGCUGAGGAUCCCAUUGCCUCGGAAUGCAAGCACGUGUUUUGCCGCGAAGAAAUGAGCAUGUACUUGGCCUCGGUCCCUGAGGGACAGCCGCCUGCGUGUCCAGUGUGCUUUCGCACCCUCAGCAUUGACUUGACACAACCUGCGGUGGAACGUUCGGAGGACGUGAAGAAGAAGCGAUCGAAAACCAACAUCGUUCGACGCUUGGAUAUCGAGGCUUGGCAAAGCAGCACCAAGAUUGAGGCCAUCUUGGAGGAACUUCGUAGUGGACAGUCUGCGUCGUCCAGCAUCAAGACCAUUGUGUUUUCGCAGUUCACCACGUUCUUGGAUCUCUUGGAGUGGCGACUGCAGCGCGCUGGCAUCCGUUGUGUCAAGCUGGAUGGGCGCAUGAGCCCGCAGCACCGCGCCGACGUUAUCGAGGCAUUUAACACGCAACCGCACUUGACCGCCUUUCUGAUUUCGCUCAAGGCGGGUGGCUUGGCUCUCAACUUGGUCAGCGCCUCUCGCUGCAUUAUCUGCGACCCUUGGUGGAAUCCGGCCACUGAGUCCCAAGCCAUGGAUCGGAUUCAUCGCCUGGGCCAAAAUCGGCCUGUGGAAGUCAUUCGCCUGAUUGUGGAGAAUUCGAUUGAGAGUCGCAUCGAUCAGUUGCAAGAAAAGAAGCGUCUCUUAUUUGAAAGUACUGUGGGCAAAGACUCCUCUGCCUUGGGGCGUUUGACCGAGGAGGAUUUGCGUUUCUUGUUU